AUGAUGAAAGUUAAGAAAAAAUGGAUUGGAGUUUAUACUAGUAGAAUUAUGCACUUUGGUGCAAUGAUGACACAAUACGUUGAGGGUGCACACUCAGCAAUUAAACAUGCACUUGAGACUUCUGGAAUCUUAACAAAGGCUUUUAAUCAUUUAAACAGUGACAAGAGUCGAUUGGUACUACUCUUAGGAAAAGUAGCUCAAUUUGCUUUAAAUCAUAUUAAAAAUAAACUUAUAAAAGCAACUACCUAUAAGGCCUGUCUGUGUAAGUUACAAGUUAAUUACAACAUACCAUGUAAACAUAUGCUUCCAACAUCAGGUUUUGUAUUUCUAUCUAUAAUUCCAACAAGAUGGUUAUUAUUUUCUGAUAAAGAUCGACUAAAAUCUAAUAGGAAAAUGAAAAGUUCAACUAAUUUAGCAUCUAAUUCUGAUGAACUUCAACAAAAAUCAGCUCUUUUAGAAAAACUUAAUGGGAUUUUGGCAGUUCCUGUAACUAACCUUUCUGAAGUUAAAGUUUCAGAAAAAAUUGUAGGAAAAGAUCAAAAACUGAAAGUUCUAUUAAGUUCUCAAAUCCCUGUUGAUGAUAUAGACCAGAUUUAUAAUCUAAAAAGUGAUGGUAAUUGUGGAUUCCGAUCACUUGCAUUUGCUAUUAGAGGAAAUGAGAAAAAUUAG